AUGUUGGCCGAAUUUCGAUCGCAGCAUAAAGCGGCACAUCGAAGCGAAUUAGAAAACGAGAUGACACUAAUCGAAGAAAGUUCGGCUAAGGAGAGUCGCCUCACCGACCGAAUCACCGUACUAGAGACAACUCUACGUAAUACAGAACAGGAACUUGCCCGAUGUCAAAGUGAGCUGGAACGGCUGAAGGUUGCCCAUAGUUCGGCUGCAGAUACUGGAGCAGCUCUGGAAGAGGAAAGACGACGAUUAAAGGCUGAAUUGAAAGAAACAAAAGAGCGUGAGCAAAGAUUGAUGGGUGAAUAUACUGAACUCGAAGAGGAAAACAUAGCAUUGCAAAAGACGGUAGCGAAUCUUCGUGGUGCACAGGUGGAAUUCGAAUCACUUAAAAUUGACUGUACUAGAUAUGCGGAUGAGAUCUACAUGUUGAACGCAGCAAUCGAAGAAAGUCAAUUGUUGAAGAAUAUCGCUGAGAAACAGGUAGAAGAAGCCCUCCUCGCCGCUCAGCAAGAACGUGAGCAGCGGCUUGCCAUGAAAAAGGAACUGGAUGCAGUGAAAAACGCCGAACAUCUGAGCAGUUUGACGGACAUGUUGAUGGGAUUGGAAAGACUAGGAGAGGAACCAGUACCAGUUCAGCCGUCGAAUGACCUUUUUAGUGAACUGCAAGGCAGUACUGACGAAAAGCUUCGCGAACUCGAAGCCUCUUGUGAUGGCUUGCAAGAAGAGGUGAAAGAUCGUGAGAAAGCAGCAAUCGAAGUUAUCUCCAGUAUAAUGGCAAAAUUGAACAUUAACUACUCUGGAGAGCUUGACUUCCGACACGUUCGACAGCAAAAAGACGUGGUACUGGAUCGACUCGAUCAUCUUUUGAAAAAUGGCCACGUUGAUGCGAGCGCGGAGAAAAGGGACCAUGAUCAGCGGGCUGACAUUCGUACCCUCUUGCUCUUCGCCGGUGAAAAAGCUGCUCAGCUUGCAGCUGCCCAGGAUACGAUGAUCCAAGUAUCAGACCAGCUAUUCCAAUUUUAUGCGCAAAUUGUACAGAAUCAAGGGCAAAAUACGGAGAAGUCGGUGAUCGAAAUCGUCAAUAAACUACGUCAAUUGGCACGUGAGAACGCAGAGGAUUUACCGAAGGUGUCACUUGCUGACGAAGGAGUCGAAAGUGGCACUGAAACAGACACCAGCGGCACAAAGGCUAUUCCAUUGAACUCUGACCGCGCGGUUCUUGCACCAUCCUUCAUUCGAGAAGUCGACCCGCGUCUAGCCAGCGUCAAAGUCGCUGAUAUCGUUAGCGAAAGCGACCUUCGACAGCGGGUUCUCACAGAUGGAAGCCCAUUAUCGCAAACCAGUGAUAGUCUGAAGAAGUUGCUUUCAACGGUGAAGCGAACCGCUGAACAAGCUCUCAACCAAGCGAUAGCAGCCGGUGGAGCUGAAACGGAUGAUAUACUCAUGCAGAACAUGAAAUUGCGAUCCUUGCUGAGCACGAAACGUGAUCAAAUCUCAACUCUUCGUACUGUGCUGAAGUCGAAUAAAUUGACAGCUGAAUCUGCAUUGGCAUCUCUACGAGACAAGUACGAGGCCGACAAGAAGGCUCAUCAGGAGAUCAGUGAACGUAUGCGGCGCGAGUUGAAACAGCUCAAAGAGGAUGCAGCUACAUUCGCCAGUCAUCGGGCGAUGUUCACCGCUAGAUGUGAAGAGCUCCAAGCGCAGGUAGAAGAAUUGGAAGCUGAUCAACGUAACAGCGAAGAAGAGAAAAAGACUCUUAAUCAACUACUUCGCUUGGCCAUCCAACAAAAGCUCACUCUGACACAGCGACUUGAAGAUGUUGAAGUAGACCGUGACCGACAAGCGCUACGUCAAAGCGGUGGAAAACGACAGGGUGGUUCAGCCAGAAGCGGAGACGGCUUCCAGCCACGUGUCGUCCGCUAUCCCACACAACAGCAGUCGGGGGGCCCGAGAGGAGGAGUUCGCAGGGACAAUCAAUAG